AUGCGCAAAUCAUCGAUGCCAAACGCAUCGGAUUGUCUUUUACAACAGAACAGAUCAUUCGCCAUUUGCAUUGUGGUAAGAUCCGCAAAGAAAAAUGUGCCUCCAAGCCUUCUUUUCUAUUCUGUUCCUCCACCUACUUCAUUUUCUUCCCUUCCUCCUACUUUUUGUGUUCUUCCCCCUUCCUAUUUUUUUACUUCUCUUCCUCUUACUCCUGAAUUCUUUCUCUUUGCGCUCCUCCGACUUCCACUUUUUCUUCCCUUCCUCCUACUUUUUGUGUUCUUCCCCCUUCCUAUUUUUUUUCUUCUCUUCCUCUUACUCCUGAAUUCUUUCUCUUUUCCAUUUUGCGCUCCCCUCUUACUCCUGACUUCCACUUUUUUUUCUUCCCUUCCUCCUACUUUUUGUGUUCUUCCCCUUCCUAUUUUUUUUUUUGCGCUCCCCCGACUUCUCUUCCUCUUUUUUUGUGUUCUCCUGAAUUCUUUCUCUUUGCGCUCCUCCGACUUCCACUUUUUCUUCCCUUCCUCCUACUUCACUCUCCUUCCGUUUCUAAUUCUCUGCCUUCCUAUUCUUCUUUUCCUCCUCUCACUCCCCUUCCUUUUUUCUACCCUUCUACACUCUUUGUCUUCUUCUUCCUUUGAUUUUUUUCUUCUGGUCCUCAAUCUCCUUAGGCUUACAGCCAUAUCACUCUUUCUUUCUUUCUUUCUUUCUUUCUUUCUUUCUUUCUUCUUUUCUUCGCUUUUCUUUUCUUCGCCCUUCUUUCCCUCUCCUCCUCCCACAUUGUUUUUCUUUACGUUCUCAUCUAUGCUCUCCCAUCCUUUAUUCUUCUCCCUUACUCUUCUUUUUCUUCUUGUCUUUUUCUUUCUGCUCUCCUUCUACGGUUCGUUGAAUUCCCUCUUUUUCUCUUCUUCUUUUAUAUGA